AGGACGCCGCGAAGAAGGGGGUGGGGCCACGUUCUCAUCAGCGCCAUCAGGCUGGAGUGUUGCCUGCGGUGUGUAUGGUUUUCCCAGCCAAACGCUUCUGCUCGGUGCCAUCCAUGGAGGGCGUGCGCUGGGCCUUUUCCUGUGGCACUUGGCUGCCGAGCCGAGCCGAAUGGCUGCUGGCGGUGCGAUCGAUCCAGCCAGAAGAGAAGGAGCGCAUUGGCCAGUUCGUCUUUGCCCGGGACGCUAAGGCAGCCAUGGCUGGUCGUCUGAUGAUAAGAAAAUUAGUUGCGGAGAAAUUGAAUAUCCCUUGGCAUAAUAUUCGUUUGCAAAGAACUGCAAAAGGAAAACCAGUUCUUGCAAAAGACUCUUUGAACCCUUACCCCAAUUUCAACUUUAACAUCUCUCAUCAAGGGGACUAUGCAGUCCUUGCUGCUGAACCUGAGUUACAAGUUGGAAUUGAUUUAAUGAAGACUAGUUUUCCAGGUCGUGGUUCAAUUCCAGAAUUUUUUCAUAUUAUGAAAAGAAAGUUUACCAACAAAGAAUGGGAAACCAUCAGAAGCUUUAAGGAUGAGUGGACUCAACUGGAUAUGUUUUAUAGGAAUUGGGCACUGAAAGAAAGCUUCAUUAAAGCCAUUGGUGUUGGACUGGGAUUUGAAUUGCAACGGCUUGAAUUUGAUAUUUCUCCAUUAAACUUGGAAAUAGGCCAGGUUUAUAAAGAAACACGUUUGUACCUGGAUGGGGAAGAAGAAAAAGAAUGGGCAUUUGAGGAAAGCAAAAUAGAUGAGCACCAUUUUGUUGCAGUAGCUCUUAGGAAACCUGAUGGAUCUAGACAUAAGGAUGUUCCUUCCCAAGAUGAUUCUAAGCCAUCCCAGAGGCAGUUUACUAUUCUCACCUUCAAUGAUUUAAUAUCAUCUGCUGUUCCCAUGACACCUGAAGAUCCUUCAUUUUGGGACUGUUUUUACUUUACAGAAGAAAUUCUAAUACGAAAUGGUACAAAGUCAUGAUAUGAUGCGCUAAGUAACAAAAGAAAGUGAAAACUGUUUGUAAUCUUCCAUAUUCACUGAAAAAAUAAAUACCUGAUAGUAUCAAAUUUUAUUUUAAAAAGCAGUUUUUUUAAGAAGCCAAAACCUUUUACUAUUAAAAAAACAAGACUUCUCUUUCGAGAUAGAUCACUAGAGUAUGUUUCCCUCUUCCUGUCCAAACUUGGGUUGAAUUAAUAGAAAUAGAAAGGGUGGCAGAAUCUUCAACUGAUAAAGGAAGAUUGUAGAAAAGGUAAACAUGGAAAAAGGAAAUAUUUAAAUCCUAUCUCUCGGAGAUCACUACUCUUAAAACCUUGAUUCUUUCCAGAUCUUUUGUCUUGGCAAAUGAAUCCCUAUUAACUUUUUUUUUUUCCAGUGGGGACCUGCUAUUUUGUAAUUUGUUUAGCUCCUCAUGUGGUGUUGAUAAUUUUACCUCUUAUAUGAACUAGUGGUUCUAGAGUACUUUCUUGUAUGACUAAUAUCAAUUUGAUCUGAGGUAACUGUUCAAUUACAGUUGGCUUAAGUAACUAGGAACAUUUACAAUUCAGGGUGGUUGUUUUUUGAAUUUUUUUUGUUUGGCCUUAGCCUCAAUUUAUUUAUUUUGCCUUAGGCUCAUUCCUCUUCCCAGUUACAAGAACAACUGCUAUAACUUCCAGUUUUACAUCUUAAUAAAAUUGCAUCUACAGGACAGGAAAGGAGAGAGGCUAUUUUUCCUAUUUUGUUUUAUUCGUGAGGAGGCCAUCUCCCAGUAGCCCCUGAAACUGUCCCCUCAGUUUCUGUCUUCUGACAUCUGGUCACAGAGGAAACCAGCGUCUUGACACUUUUUGCCUCUGUUAGUAGAUUCUGUUGGAAAAGAAAAGGCUAAGACAAGUUGGAGAGGACAACAUUGAGCUGCAGCCCACUAUCUGGCAUAAGGUAUAUUGUAAUAGGCUCGUUUUCCUCUGUAUUAGACAUUUUGGUUGUCUGCAUUUUAUUACUGAAGUGGUAGUGCAGUGAAUGUCCUUGUACAUUUUAAGGAAAAUACUUAAUUACAUUCUUAAGAAAGUUUUAGAAGUAGAGUAACUGAUGCAAAGGGCUUAAAUAAGCAUUCAUUUUUAAAGGUUUGGUAUUACCAUAUUGCUCUUUAAAAAGGCUGUGCAAUAAAUUGUACACUUUCAUUUAGGAAUAUAUAUGUGACCACUUCCACCUAUAUGCUCCCUGAUCAAGUAUUAUCUUUUUUUUCCUGUAUAUUUAAUCUUUGCUAGCAUAACUGAAAAAUAUGACAUUUUAAAAAUUUGUGUUUCAUUACAAGUGAGAUAUAUCAAUGUUAUUAUUAGCUAUUUGUAUUUCUUUUUUUAUGAACCUUUUGCUCAUCUUCAUCUGUUUUUAUGUUAAAAAUAGCACAUAAAAUGUGAACAUAAUAUAUUAAGAUGCCAAGAUCAUCAUAUUGAUGCCAGAAUCUAUUGUAUGGUUGUAGUGCAUGUCUUCAGGGUUAGUCUUGUUAUUAAAUAUCAAGAAGUAAAAUAUUUCAUUGUUUCUAUUACUAACACUAACAGUUAUAUAAAAGUAGGUACUUUGCUCAGUAAAAAAUUGGAAUGUUUUAUAUUUCUUUUAUUAAGCAUGCUAUUAUCCAAGCAUAGUAAAUAAUGUGUCUUAAAAAGAUCAAAUAACAUUUAUAGUAGAGGAAGUAUUGUUAUGGCUAGCAUGAAUGUAAUGGUGAUACGAAGAAUCAUUUGUCUUGUCAUGAUAAUAAUAAAAUGAUUAACAAUUAUGGGA